UGGGUACCUUGCUUAAUCUUUGCAUAAAGUUUCAAAAUCCCAAUUUGGAUUCUUUCAAAUGUUUAAGGCGUGAAUUCAAAAUUUGGCUACACCUAUUCAUCAAAUUGCCCUACUCUAUUCCCUAAUUUACCUCAAUUUGGUUCUAUAAAUUGAACACAAAAUUUCAUUCUUCAUCCUAAGUUAGCAUUCUUUUAGUGUUUUAGCCAUGACAUUGCCUUUACUUUUAUUGUGUUUUACAAUCUUAUUUACUCCAAUGCAGUCCAAAAAAUUUCACAUUCUCUCUAAAAUUUCGUUACCGCCUUUUUCGGCUCCUACCCCUAGUCCAAGUUAUUUCACAAAUUCUCCUGAUCCUGAACCUGAAAUUAGAGUUUUUGAUGUAAUGUCAUUUGGUGCUAUUGGUGAUGGUGUUUCUGAUGAUACGCAAGCUUUUAAAAUGGCUUGGGACACUGCCUGUAGUUCGAGUGAAUUAUCAAAUAUUCUCGUUCCUUCUCAUUACCAUUUCUUGAUACAACCUACUAUUUUUACUGGACCUUGUAAUAGUGACCUUGUGUUUCAGAUUGAUGGAACCAUAAUGCCACCUGAUGGUCCUGAAUCAUGGCCAAGAAAUAUGAACAAGAGGCAAUGGCUUGUGUUUUAUAAAAUUAGUGGAAUGUUAAUGAAAGGAGGAGGAGUUAUUGAUGGAAGAGGAGAAAAAUGGUGGGAUCUUCCAUGCAAGCCUCACAAAGCGAUCAAUGGAACAACAUCUCCUGGUCCUUGUGAUAGCCCAGUUGCCAUGAGGUUUUUCAUGAGCUCAAAUUUAACAGUACAAGGACUAAAAGUGAAGAACAGUCCACAAUUUCAUUUCAGGUUUGAUAAUUGUCAAAACAUUCACAUAGAAAUGCUUAACAUUAAAGCACCAUCUUCAAGUCCUAAUACAGAUGGGAUUCACAUAGAGAACACAAACAAUGUCAAUAUACACAAUUCAGUCGUUUCCAAUGGAGAUGACUGUGUAUCAAUUGGAGCUGGUUGCCAUAAUGUUGAUAUAAGAAACAUAACUUGUGGUCCAAGCCAUGGAAUAAGCAUUGGCAGUCUCGGGAUUCGCAACUCGCGAGCCUGCGUGUCGAACAUAACAGUAACUGAUUCAGUGAUCAAGCAUUCUGAUAAUGGUGUGAGGAUAAAAACAUGGCAAGGAGGUUACGGUUCAGUAACGAAUGUCAAAUUCCAUAAUAUUCAUAUGGACACGGUUCGAAAUCCAGUGAAUAUAGAUCAGUACUAUUGCAUGACAAAGAAUUGCAGCAACCAGACAAGUGCAGUUUAUAUUUCUGAUAUUUCUUACACAAACAUCAAAGGAACAUAUGAUGUUAGAAGUCCACCUUUGCACUUGGCUUGUAGUGAUUCAGUUCCUUGCUCUAAUCUUAUAUUAUCAGAGAUAGAGCUGCUUCCUGCUAAAGGGCAAUUUCUUGCCGAUCCGUUCUGCUGGAACGCAUAUGGAGCGACUGAGACACUAACUAUCCCACCGGUUUCUUGCUUACUUGAAGGCAUCUCACCGUUCGCCGAUCAGAACACCGUCGAUCAGUGUAGAGUAAAUUUGAAUGUACAUUAGUAUGUAUUAUAGCUAGGCAUGUAUCAUCACCAUAAGAUGUUUCAGUACAAGUUGGUUUCAAUCUAUAAUUUCAAAGUCAAACCUUAAAGUAAUAGAAAUUGCAGAUAUCGUAAAAGUUGCUUC